AUGGACCAGGCAUCAAGCCUCGUUGGUUCUCUUUUGAAUAUCAUAUUCCCUGGUUCCAUAUUUGUUGAUAUGUUCCGCAAAGCUCCCAACCUGGGCCUUCUGUCCCAUAUCCUGAUUGUCGGAUGUGCCUUUGUUUAUGUCUGUAUCUGGGUAUAUGAUGGAAUCUGGACAUUCUGUGCUGUGGAGGUUGAGAUUGAACCGCGCAGCGAGGAGCAUGAACAUCUAACCACCUUUCUGGAAUCUUCGGUUACCGGAUGUCUGUCUCGGAGGGUUAGAAGUGAGCAAUGGAGUGGAGAGCACGCGCCUGUGAAGACAGGUGUGUGGGACUGGAAAAUCAUUGGAACAUUUCGGGAAUAUCGAUUUCGACCCAACAGAAUUUGUCUAUUCCUAUUCGAGGGCUCAGUAUUUCAGUUUCGGCGGAUGGAAAGAAGCUUUGAGCUCCACUUUGAGGAGCGCUAUAGUCUGAGAGUGUUAGGCUGGUCCUGCAAGUCAAUUGAAGAACUGCUUGUGGAAGCCAGGUCACGUCACAUAUUCAAGACCAAAUCCAAAAUUACAAUUUUCAGUCCAGGAGGCAGGCUUGUUCGUCAGUCUAGGAUUUCAUGGCAGUCUGUCAGAAAAAUAAGUUGUCGGUCGCUCAAAAGUAUCGCUCUGGAAAAGGAACAGAAGGAAGAUGUUUGUGAUGACAUGCGCAGAUUUCUCGAAACUAAGUCAGCAUAUCAGAAAAUCGAAAUACCAUACCGUCGUGGUUAUCUAUUCAAUGGCCCCCCUGGAACUGGCAAAACCAGUCUUGCGCAAGCUUUGGCGGGUAAAUUUGGUCUGGAUAUUUACUUGUUGAGCUUGACAGGUCAAAACAUGACCGAUGAUGAACUCCAGUGGCUUUGUAGCCAGCUACCAGACUACCCUUGUGUUCUUCUCAUCGAGGAUAUUGACAGUGCUGGAAUCAACCGCGAGAAAACACAAGCCAUACAAUGA